AUGGAAGAGAUUGAACCUCCCUUCAUCUCUGCGAUCAUGGGCGAGGUGAUGCCACAGAGAUUCUGGAUACCUCCCGUCAUCCAGUACUCUGGGUCCGAGGACCCGUCCGAGCACUUUAUAAGUAGUAAGAAGAGUCGAAAACUGAAUACUCAUCUGUUCACCAUCAAGCAAGGGCCUAAGGAGUCAUUGAAGGACUACAUCGCCUAUUUCAAUGAAGAAGCAUUACAAGUGGAAGACUAUGACGACAAGAUGGCACUCUCUACCAUGUUCAGUGGUUUGAAAAAGGGGAAGUUCACCUUCUCCAUUGGAAAGAAUCCACCUAAGAUGUUAGCCGAGCUCAUUACCAGGGCUCAGAAGUACACUAACGCUGAGGAAUUCUCCAACGCUGGCAAGAAUGUUCAAGUAACAGAGCCGACUGGCAAAGGGAAGAUGCAAAGGAACGAAGAACCCCAGCCGUCUAGUAAAAGACUAGACGAUCGCGCUCCUCGCAAUCAUUGUCCAAGGAGAAAACCUGAGGAUAAGAGCAAGUAUUGUCAUUUCCAUCGAGAUCACGACCACAACACGGCCGACUGCGUGGAUCUCAAAGAUGAGAUCGAGACCCUUAUCCAAGAGCCAGUAGAGAUCCGUACCAUCUUUGGUGGGUCAUCCGGUGGAGGAGAUUCAAAUAGGGCCCGUAAAGCCCAUUCUCAGAAUUCUGACCCAGAACUCUCCAUCCACAUGACCGAGAGGCCAACUAAAGAACUCUGGGUUAGUCCAUGCAGUCUUACCUUCAUGGAAGAUGAUGCACGUGGAAUCCAGCACCCGCAUGACAAUGCCUUAGUAGUUACUAUGACCAUAGCCAACCACAAGGUGUACCACAUCCUGGUCAGCACUGGGAGUUUAGCUGACGUAAUCUACUCUGAAGCUUUUGAAAGAAUGGAAAUUUCAAGGUCACACUUCAGACCUGUGAAGACCCCCUAUACAACUUUACCGGAGAAAGGACCUUCUCUCAAUGUAAUGAGAGCAGUCGUCUCCACCUACCAUCUAAUGAUGAAGUUUCCCACCGAGGGCGGAACAAGCUAUCUCGGAGGCAAUCAGCGCGAGGCUCGGAGAUGUUAUGCGAUAGCAGUAAAGAAAGGGUCAGUGAAGCAAGCCCUCACCAUCAACAUCUUAGAUCCCGGGGGACCUGCAGAGGACUCAUCUGUGGAAGACCUAGAGAAAAUACAGCUCGAUGAGGCAGAUCUGAGCAAGACCGUUUAA